UGCAGGGAACGUUUCAUGAUUUUCAAGAAAGAAAUCAGUCAGCUACCUAGCUAGCUAUCUGUAAUAAAUUAAAUAUUGCAAACGAUGGACGAAGCAACAGAGCUGUCGAUGACUAUCGCGCAGGUAGUCCAGCGAUUGAAAGGAAGCCAUUUACACUCUCAGCUAGAAAAACAGGCCAAGGAGUGUUUGCACAAACCAGAGAUAAAGCUUGAAUGUCUCAAAGAUGACGUCCGGAAUUACUUGAAGAACACAGGUUGGGAGAGGGCGCUGCAGAAUGCAGUAUACCGCGAGUUGCACGUCCUGCCCCCCCCCAGCCACCCAGCGGCACCCCCCCAGCACAUGAAGGAGCCACUGGUGUACAUGCGCAAAGCCCAGGCGAGCUGGGAGAAUCGGAUCCUCAAAAGCCUGAACAGCAUGUGCACGGAGCUGGGCGUCCCAUUGGCUCGCAAGAGACCCGCCCAUGAGCAGAGGGAGCUCAUCAGCAAGUGGAAUGAGAUGGGCACAGAUGAACCAGAUCUGAGCCGGUUCCGACCUGUUUACGCCCCUAAAGACUUUCUGGAGGUUCUGAUCAGCCUGCGGAACCCGAACCACAACUGCAGCGACGAGGCCAGCAGCCGCUCCCACUGGGGUCUGAUCCAGGUGCCGCUGGGGGUCCGAGACGUGCGCGAGAUGCGAGAAGGCUUCUCUGAGCUGGGCCUGAUGACUGGUCAGCUGGGCAUCGAUGACCACACCCACGUUCCUCCAGAUCUGUUUGAGGCGGAGCAUGUUCGCAUCGGGAAAAGAGUGCUCAGUGAGCGGGACAGUGCUGCAGCUCAGCAGUACAGUCGGCAGGGCUGCCCCACGGGACUGAGGGCCGACCUCUGGGCUCUGAUCCUCAACUGCACCAAUGAACCGGAGGACAUCAUGCACUACGAGCAGCUGAAGUCAGGGGUGAUCAAUCACGACUUGUUGGUAGACAACUUAAUCUACAAGGAUGUGAAGCUCACAGCCAGUAAUGAUGACUACUACUUUGUGUUUGAAGACUACUUAUAUCAGGUCUUGCUGUGUUUUUCGAGAGACACCGCGGUUCUGGAGCACUUCAGAUAUAACAGCGCCACUCCUCCCAAAUCCUAUAUCCAAGGCAAGCAGGGAGUAGAGGGCUAUGCUGUGGUUUAUCCUCCCAACGGUGUAAUUCCUUUUCAUGGCUUCUCAAUGUAUGUGGCUCCUCUCUGCUUCCUGUACAAUGAGCCGGCCAGGCUGUACCGCAUCUUCAGGGAGAUGUACCUGCGAUACUUCUUCAGACUGCACUCCAUCUCCUCCUCCCCCUCAGGCAUCGUCUCGCUCUGUCUGCAGUUUGAGAAGCUGCUCCAGACACACCUUCCCCAGUUGUUCUACCACCUGCGAGAGAUCGGAGCUCAGCCGUUGCGAAUUGCCUUUAAGUGGAUGGUGCGGGCGUUUUCCGGCUACCUGUCCACUGACCAGCUCCUGCUGCUCUGGGACCGGAUCCUGGGCUACGACUCCUUAGAGAUCGUAGCAGCCCUGGCGGCGGCAGUGUUUGCUUACAGAGCUGAGAACCUGAUGGAAGUGAUGUCACUGGCUGCAGCCGAGGCAGUCCUCGCCGACCUUUCAACUCUGAAGGUCAUGCCCCUCCUCCAGAUCUUCCUGUUCGCCACCACCAUCUGAGGAUCGCCGGGGGCAGCGGGGGUGCCAGGCCGUUCCCGUGGCAACACGCCCGAUCGUCUGACAGGACCUGCACCCAGUCCAGCGUGUGAAAGAUGCAAAAAGAAACACAAAUGCAUAGAUUACAGAGAUACCUCCCUGUCUUAUUCUUGUACUGACAUUGUGCUUUUAAACUAUUCACUCAGCAAGAAAUACAAUAUCUCAUUACAUACCUCAUAGCUGACAUGAACAUAUUAUAGCAUGCAAUUUGCCCACUAUGAAGACUAACCAUAGUUAGAGCCUCCCCUUUCAGACAGGAGUGUACUGUGUAAAUGCCAAUGCUUGCCACCCUUAAGUAUUUAAUUGAAGCAGAAAUUGCAUGGAACUCUGUGUUGUAUUCCUCUUUUCAUGGUUGCUUUUGGCAGGACUGGAGUCUGUGAGGGCAGAGGGUGUGAGCACUGUUCACUGCUCACUGCUCACCGCUGGCUGCUCACCGCUGGCUG